AUGAAUUCUGCAAGGGAUACAUUUGGUCACAGCAGGCACACUUCAACCACAGCUGCUGGAAAUUAUGUUGAAGGUGUCACAUACUUUGGCUAUGCUUCGCGGACAGCCAGAGCUGCGGUUGCCCUGCAUGCCAGAGUAGCCAUGUAUAAGGUCUUGUGGAAGGAAGGGGAAAACGCUUCUGACUUUCUUGCUGGUAUGGACCAGGCUGUUGCUGAUGGUGUCGAUGUAAUAUCGAUUUCUAUGGGUUUUGAUGAUAUUCCUUUAUAUGAGGAUCCUAUUGCGAUGGCUUCAUUUUGUGCCAUGGAGAAGGGUGAGCUGGUUUCUUGUUCAGCAGGAAAUGAUGGUCCACGUCUUGGAAGUUUACACAUUGGGAUUCCAUUGGUCUUGACAGUUGCAGCUGGCUCAAUAGACUGUUGGUUUGUUGGAACAUUGACUUUGGGGAAGUUAACCAUCUCUGCGUGGAGCAUGUUCCCUGCAAGAGCCGGUGUGGCAAAUGAGAGGCUCAUUUACAACAAAACCAUAUCUAUAUAUGAAGAGAAAGACAAUGGUUUGGGUGGUGGCGAGAUGGUUACAACAUCGGGGAAGAGAGGGAUGAGAAGAUUGGGGGUGGAGGUUCCUUCGUUACAGCCAACUGCUGGGAACCAAAGGUCUAAACAAAACAGCCGCCAUCCCCUGGCCGGCGAUUUUCCGUAA